CACAUUCUGCUGUGGUCUGUGGUCCAGACGUCGUGCCAAGUGAGUAACAAGGAAACGAGGACGUAUAGGUGUGGUCCAGAACUGAAACGGAUAGGUAGCUGCUGGAAGCAUAAACUUUAAAGACAGAUCCAAGGAAGGUUUGGAGUCAUGAAUAGCCAUGACGCUCAACACUUAGAGAACAGUGACAAAAUGGUUCAAGAUCGGAUUGAAAAUAUGUCAGCAACCAAUGCAGUGAAUCCUGAACUCACACUUAUAUUAAUUGGAAACAAAAAUUCCAUUGAGAUUGGAUCAAAAAACAUCUUACUGGACCAUGACCAGGCGAUACAUGAGAAAGAGUUUUCAUCAAGACUGUACGACCUAUUGGGUCGUCAGAUCUCUGUGAUUAACAUGCUUGGGUUUCCAAGUAUUGACACGUUUCCAGAGAUUCCAGAAGAUUGUGCCUUUAUCUUGCUGGUAUCAAAUGACCAGCAUGAAAACCAGUAUACUUCUGGAAUGCAGUGGUUAGAAAAAACACUGGGAAAAGAGCACAGCUCUUAUGUGAUGACAGUUGUGACUCAUGAUGACUCAGAAGAAAUUUGUGAAAGUGAAAUUCAGAAGCUGAAAGCAAAGAGCAGUUUUUCUGAAAAAAGAAAUCAUACAUGUACAAGAAGUAUGACAGACAUAAACGAGAUAAUAAGUCUUUUGCAAAAAAUAGAUGCCAUGGUUUUUGAAAGUAGACGGAUGACUGAAGGAAAAGAAACCAACCUUGAUGAAACAUUGAGAACAGGACAAAAAAAGGAGAGUGAAAAUAAAUUAAAGGCAAGUUUUGACGGUGAAGACUCAGACAUGAAUGAUGACAGCAGAGAACAAAGCAAGGAAGCAGGACAAAAGAAGAGUGAAACUGAGACUACAGAACAAGAUGAUGGUAAAGGCUUAGAGAUGAAUGAUGAAGAUAGAGGAAAAAAGUCUGGAAUCAACACUUGGGAACCAAGCCAGGAGAGCAAGAUUUUACAACAACAUUCAUCCACACAACCUUUUAUCAUUUCUGGUGCCCUUCAUAUGAAUUGGAACAAAGAAAAGCCAUUAUACAAUUCUUCUGCAGAACAAGAACGAAUGCUUAUAAAAGAGACUGAAAUGCUGUUUGAAAGGCUUGAACUUACAAACAAAUGGUCCCCAGCAGAAUUUCUUAAGAUAGGUCCACCCAUCAAGCAGACCAAUGAAGUUUCGGAGAAAGAUCUAGUUUGUACUUUUCUUCAGAGGCUAUGGACGCUAGACUAUAGAGCCAGAUACAUCCCUGUGCGACAAAUAACUUCAGAUGUAAGCAAUUCAAAAGCUGUUCUAGUGUCCAAAAACAAGAAUACAGGCAAAGGUGACUUUAGUGCUCUUUAUAGCACUAACACAGAGUCAGAUCAGUCAAAAAAGAAUCAUGUGCACCCAAUGGAUGUUCAAAUGGCAGUAUUUCACUGCUCAGACAGCUUCUUUAAACAGAAAAUGAUCACAAAGUUGUCACAGUGUCAGUAUGCCUUACCGCUGCUUGUUCCUGAUCCUCACACAACAAAUCUUGAGUGUCCUUUGUGGACGUUCAGACAAAUAACAAAAACAUGGAAAAUAAGCACAAACAAAGAAAAUGCAAUCACUGUCACCAUAAAGAGCAUGCCGAUCUACAAAGCUGAGAUUCCCAUGGUUUCAUUUUUCAGACUGGGCUCCAUGUCUUUGUCCAAAUCUCAGCUGAUGAAUGCCUUGGUCAAUGACCGCCAUGACACAUUCUUCCACAGGAACUGUAAAGGCAGCACCAAAUCUCGUCAUUUGAUGGAUGGCGUGGCAGAGAUUGCCUGGUACUGCCCUGCUGGAAAAGACAAUGAUUUCUUUACUGACUGCAUUGCCUUCUGUAAUCUUCAUGGGGAUUCUCUAGCAAUUGGAAAACAGCGUGAAAUCCUGACUGAAAUGUCAUCAGUCAUUGUUGUUCUGAUACCAGCUUUGGAGAAAAGCCAGGAAAGCAGUGCAGUUAUUGAGUCCCUGUACAAGUCUUCAAAGCCUCUAAUCAUCCUCAAUGCAGAUAAUGACUGUAGUGCAGUUCAGAUGGAACCACAAAAAUACAAACUAGGGCUGAAAGAAAGAAGCCAGUCGGAUGUUUCUGAAGAACUAAAAAAGAUUAUAAAAAGCCUUUUGUCUGAACCCCACACAUCCUUCCGGCUGGAAACUAUGGCCAAAGUCUCUGGGAUCAUAGUGGAUGAAGAUCAGAAAAUCUGCCAGAAUGGGAAAUCUGCUGCAAUGGAAAUAGUUGAAUUGAUUGAAAAGAUGGACGUUGCCAAAAUCAAAAAGAAAUAUCUUCCCUGCCAAGGUCAACUUUGGUCCAACUGGUGCAAAAUCAAUAAAGAGCUGCAUCAUCUAAAGGGAGACAUUGAGAAAAAAAAGGGCCAGAAGAUUCAAGAGCUGAUGAAACUACGAGAGAAACAGUGUGAUGUGUCCGACAGUAAACUGAUGAGGUCGUUCACUCAGAGCCUCCAGAGUUUGCCACCAAAAGAAAGAGAAUAUUUCCUGACAUGGACUCAGAUCCUUAUAGAUGCCCUCUCCACAGAUGAUCUCUCUUCAAUUCUCCAAAACUAUGAUGAAACCUGGUCAGAAGUCUUGGUCCUGAAGAAAAAACAUGACAAAUCUGCUCAAUUAAAACACAAACAAACUGAGCUUGAACUGUUGUCACAAAAGCUUCAAUCAGCAACCUUUGGUCUGGAACACAUCUUCAGAGAGAUGGGACAGAUCUAUGAAGCCCAUAAAUCUUUGAAGAAACCAUCGCUGGGCCAACAGCCUGACUGGACUAAAUACCCUGAGCUGGCUGCAGAUCUGAUGAUAUCAGGACACCCGAUGGAGCUGAUGGAUGGGGAUGCAGGCCAUGUGCCUUUAAUAUGGAUCUCUAAUCUUUUACAGGAAGUCAUCAAGAAACUCGGUGACCAGAGAGUCUUUGUGCUGUCAGUUCUGGGUGUACAAAGUAGCGGAAAGUCAACAAUGCUGAAUGCCAUGUUUGCAGUCAGUGCUGGGAGGUGCACCAAGGGUGCCUACAUGCAACUGGUUAAGCUGUCAGAGGAAAACAAGGAUGAAUACCAGUUUGACUACAUUCUAGUUGUAGACACUGAAGGACUGCGAGCUCUUGAGUUAGCAGGGAAUGCUACCCUUCAUCAUGACAAUGAACUUGCAACAUUUGUUGUUGGUCUGGGAAACAUGACACUGAUCAACAUCUUAGGUGAGAAUCCAGCUGACAUGCAAGACAUCCUACAAAUUGUUGUUCAGGCUUUCAUGAGGAUGAAGAAAGUCAAGCUUUCUCCAAGUUGUGUGUUUGUCCAUCAGAAUGUCACAGAUAUUACAGCAGCAGAGAAAAACAUGGACGGAAAGAGACGGCUGCAAGAAAAACUGGACAAGAUGGCUCAACUUGCUGCCAAAGAGGAAGUGUGUGAUGUUGAGUACUUCAGUGAUGUCAUCGCAUUUGAUGUGCAAAAAGAUGUGAAAUACUUUGCUCAGCUGUGGGAGGGAAGUCCACCAAUGGCUCCUCCAAAUCCAGGUUAUAGUGAGAGUGUCCAAGAACUGAAGUCCAUCAUCUUGUCUAAAGCCAAACAGUCUACUGGAAUCACUCUGUCACAUUUCAGCACCAAAAUUCAGGACCUGUGGAACGCCUUGAUGAAUGAACACUUUGUUUUUAGUUUCAAAAACACCCAGGAAAUUUCAGUUUAUAGAAAACUGGAGGUCCAAUAUGGGAACUGGACUUGGGCCCUGAGGAGUGAGAUGCUGAACAUUGAAAACCAACUUCAUCCCAGAAUUGAAAAAGGCCAACUGGACAAAGUUGAGCUCAGUUACCUUAAUGAAGAAAUGGCUAAAACAUAUGAAGAAGUAACAAAAAGUAUAUCAACUCACUUUGAAGAUGACAAAGACAAAGAGAUGUUGGUUCAAUGGCGGGGCCGAUUUGAGACCAAAAUCAAAGAGUUUCAUGAUGAUCUUGUGAGAGGAGUGAAAAGAAAACUGGAUGAAUUAAUCCAGCAAAAUAAUGCUAGAAAAAUGCUUGGCAAGAAGAAGACAGAGUUUGAAAACAAUCUACUACAGAUGAGCAAAGAGCUUGCUCACCAGUUAAAAUGCAUUGAUGAUGAAGAGGAACUAAAAGCACAGUUCAGCACUGUUUGGAGUCACUGGGUUAAGGAAUUAACCUCAGCUACAAAACCCAUCGAGAACAUUAAGUUGGAGGAAGAUCAGCAUCUUGUCCUUCAAGAGCUUGGUGUUGAAUGGGGACUCAUUGAUGAGUCAAAAAGAAGUAAGAAAUACAAAAAUCUGUCAGAACGUGGUGAUUAUUCUGAUUACAUAACCAUGAAGAAGAGCAUUGGAGGUGUCUGGAAAUUAGUUAAAAUGGCUUUUGUUCCACAUGAAGAACAGGAACUGAUCAGAUCAUUCAUUAAUGAGGUUGAACAAAAAUGUGUUGCAGCUAUUAAGAGCAAACCUGUUGCAACAAGAGGCUUUACAUCAACUUACUUGAAGGAAGUGGCUCAAAAUAUAAAAUCUGAAAUAGAAACAAUGGAAUCUCAGAGAAACUAUGUAUUCAAGAAGGAGUUUACAGUUGAGCUUUCGCUGUAUGUGUUUGAUAGGGCAGAAGGUUGGCUCUUAAACUCCCACAAGAUCUACAGAGACAACAAUGAUGCUCUGACUUAUUUGGACAACAAGAAAAAUGAGUAUUACAACAUUUUCAGAAGCUUCUGCAAAGGAAGUUCAUCUGCUGUGGUGUUUGGAGAAAUUAUGUGUGAAAAACUCAAAGUCUCUGCUGUUGAAUCCGUCUGUAACAAGACUGGAGUUCAUAUUGCUGGAGAGAUGAUGUGCAGUUUCCCAGCAUUCAGUGAGAACAGACUGAAAUUAGAGAAACAUGUGUUAGCAUCUCUGGCAGAGAAAGAAGACUUUAGCAGGUUCAUCAGCUACAUCAGAAAUCCAAGAGCUCAAGUAGAGGCUUUCAUCAAAGAAGAAGUAAAGAAAUACAUGUUCACGACACAGAAAGUUAAAGUCCAGACUAUCCUUAAGAAAAAUAUAGAAGACAUCACCAGAGUCAUCAGUCAGGCUUUGUUUGAAGCAACAGAGAAAUUCAAACACAGAAAAGGAAACAUAGAAAAGUGGGUGGAGGAAUUUUCUAGUAAACUGAAGCCAAAGUUGACACUUGAUACCAUUAGUUGUCAAAACUUCAGUGACAUAAACAAUUUUGAAUUUCUUAAAGAAGAAAUAGAGAAAGGCCUGAAAAGCAUCACAACAGAGAUGAGCAAACUCUCCCUGGAAAAAGUGAAUAACUGCAGGCAGAAGCCUGAUCAGAUCCUGAUUGAUCAGCUGUGUAACUGCUGCUGGGAAAGGUGUCCAUUCUGUGCUGCUGUUUGCACAAACACUGUGAAGGACCACAGUCCUGAGAAACACAGCGUUCCUUUUCAUCGACCAAAUGGGGUUAAUGGUCGGCGUUACAAAGGAACAGUUGAGCCGAUCAUUGAUUUCUGCACCAUGUUGGUUGCUAGUGACAGAAGAUUUUGCCCAAAUGAAUCAAAUUGGACAGUUCCCUAUAAACAGUACUUAAGUGCAGGAGGAAAGUUUGCUUCAUGGAGCAUUACAACUGAUGCCUCCAUGCUGGCCUACUGGAAAUGGUUCAUCUGCCACUUUCAAAAGGAAUUAGAAAACUACUAUGAUUUGAAAUUUCAGGGUAGUGGAGAAAUUCCUUGGCAUUGGAGAAACUUCAGUAAGAAGGACGCUAUUGAAAGUCUGGAUGAAAUGUGUAGUUUGUGAAGAAACUGCAGGUUCAUAGAAACUAAUCAAAGUUGUGGGUUUGAGCAGUAAUUAUGAUGUUCAAGGCUCUUCAAAAUGAAUAAAUGAUCAUUUAUUAACUUA